CAGUGGUGUGAAGAAGAGCCCGAGCAGCGAAAGCAGUGACUUCCACAGCGGAGGGAAGGCGGCGGGUAGAGCAACAACAGCCAGUCAGCGGAGAAAGAGCAAACUGCGUUUUCACACCCGACUUCUGCGUCCCGUCUGUCGCUCUGUUGUCCGGGAGAAGAGGAGCUGAAAGCCAGCUUUACUCUCUUAAAUGCAGCUGAGGACUUUAUCCACACAGCGAGCUAGUUAGCUAACGACGGGAGUAAGUUAGCCUUGCUGUGAUUUAUGGUAGUGGGUUAACGUUAGCUGAGAGCGAAUGUUGGUGGUGUUAUAAAAGUUGAUGUUACUGCACCACGUCUCAGUCCAAAGAAGUGCUGGAUUGAUGUGUCAGUGUCCUCACAGCUCGUCUCUUCGCUGCCCUGACAGCUCCCUUCAUCCAUUGACUCUACACUGUCCUGGAGCCGAGGGGUGACAACUCUGAAUAUGGCGAGUGUUUCAGACAGAGACUACAAAACAGGCACUUUUAAGUCGUUGGACUGGCACGUUGCCCAGCUAGUGUACCCAAGAUAAACACUGUUAAAUUGGAAAAAUUCAUGUAAUGGCCAAGAAGAGUGACAGAUAUCAUCUUUAUGUCUCACUACACAGUUGCUUUCAAAGUCGCAGAGCAAUGGGUUGCCACUGCUGAAGUCAUCUUCUUACAAGUUUAUAAAUACUUGUUUCUGUUGAAGCUCAACAAUUUAACACUGCGAGACAUGGACUUGCGCUGGGUGUAAAGACUGUCUGAAGAGCUCUAACGUCACAGUGGUCUCCAGGUCGGACUCUUCAUCUGAGCCCUGCUGCUGGUCCCCAGAGCUUAUUUGAGGGCCAACAUGUCAGUGUCAGGGGCCACGACCGUGCAGCUUUUCACCAAGCUCUUCAAGCAUGCGGUGGGCAAGGCGGAGAUUCAGCUGAACCGCUGGCUGCAGAGGACUGCCACAGAUGAAUGUGACAAAAUUGACAUCCUGAUAUGCAGCGCCUUUGACGAGAGAGGGGCUGGCAUAGGGAAAUCAGAUGGAGACCCUGUGGUUAUCAGUGACACAGGGGGGAUGAUUUUCACCACUGGUGGAGAGUUCAGACACCCAUGCUGUAUCACCACCUUUUGCUUCAAGAGCGCCCUGCUGGCAUGCAUCCUGACUGCUGUGUGCUUCUCCUCGGUUGCCCUUGUGCGCCAGUACCUCAAGGACCUCCUGCUCUGGGUGGAGAGCUUGGACAGCCUCGUCGGAGCCUUGCUGUUUAUAGUUGGUUUGAUUGUUGUAUCGUUCCCAUGUGGAUGGGGAUAUAUUGUUCUUAAUGUGGCAGCUGGCUACCUCUACGGCUUUGUAUUGGGCAUGGGACUGGUCAUGGUGGGGGUUUUAAUUGGGACCUUUGUGGCACACCUGGUAUGCAAACGCUUAUUGACUGACUGGGUGCUGAACAAGGUUGGGAACAGUGAACAGCUCAGUGCUGUCAUUCGAGUGGUGGAGGGAGGAAGUGGACUCAAAGUUGUGGCCUUAGCAAGACUCACGCCCAUACCUUUUGGGCUCCAAAAUGCAGUUUUCUCGAUCACAGACGUGUCCUUGCCAAACUACCUGGUGGCCUCCUCUGUGGGUCUGUUGCCCACCCAGCUUCUCAACUCGUAUCUGGGCACCACGCUCCGCACCAUGGAGGACGUCAUCGCUGAGCAGAGCAUCAGCGGCUACUUUGUCUUCAGCCUGCAGAUCGUCAUCAGCAUCGGCCUGAUGUUCUACGUCGUACACCGGGCUCAGGUAGAGCUAAAUGCAGCCAUCGUCGCCUGCCAGAUGGAGCUGAAGUCAUCGCACCUGAACGGGUCGUCCACCAAUCACAGCAGCUUCACCUACUGCAGCAAGAGGGCUACAGCUGGCAGUGGAAACUGCAUUAAUGUGGUGUGACCUCAAAUCCCCACGUGUGGUGGUAGCUCCUCUGUCUGAACUGCAAGACUGCAUAGCUUAAGGGAACCCACUGAAUUUAGACAGUGUCUGAAACGUGUUGGCGGUGUGGUAUGUCAUCACCCAUGUGAGGAAAACCCUGAAAGUGUACGUCUUUAGUCGGUACCUUUUUUUUAUAAGUGUGGGACCACGCACCUGUGAAGAAACGGUGCUGAUGAAAAUGGUUUUGAGGUAUAUAAUUGUGGGAGUUAUUUUUAUUUUUAUUAUUUUAUUUUCAUCAAAGUACUUCUUAACAUUUACGCUGUUACAUGAGAUGUCAAUGAAAUGAUGGUGUUUAGCGAUAUCAGAAGUGGCUGAAUGAGUGAGUGAGUGAGUGGGUCAUUAAAAAAAGAGCUCGGCAUGAAAUGCCCGCUAACACUAUGAAUGUGCAAUCUGGAGCUUUUCUAGAGUACCAAGGAAUUGUUUUUCCAUUUCAGUGUCAAAAGAAUGCCAACCUAUGCACCUUUAUCUCAUACUACACCUGUUUUUGUUUCAUUUCAGGACAUUUUAGGAUUUGUGGGUCGACAUCCAGUGCUAAUUUACAAUAUAAAUAAUAAGGGCAUUAUUAAUAUUUUUCAAAGAUAUGGCUUUUUAGUCCAGCUCAUUUUUUUUCAGUGUCUUAUUUUUGGACUAUGGAGUGAGGGGAGAAGCUCUCAGUGAGCACCACAGGCCUCUCCGACCGUGUGAUCUCUGUUUGCUUAUGACCACAUCAGCUGAAUUGGCUUCGUCGGCCUGGAGAUCUUUUUAGCGCUCCUGCUGUUUUGAAAAGAGCAGCUGGAGAGGAGAGCAGAUUUCACAGCAGGAAACUCAGGAAUGUUUCUGCCAGGAAAAUUGAAGUGCAGCGUGAGUGGCUCCUCGGUAGAACAGCCCCAUGUUCUGCUACAGAAAGAGUCCCACACUGAACUGAAACUGAGACAUCGAGCUUUCCUGUAAAUGUUUAUGAUUAAUUUCAUUUUACAUUAGCUUUUUUUUUUUAAAGAAAUUAAUUGGCUGUGAUGUUAUCCAUUAGGGUUAUUACAUAGUUCUUUCUUAAGAUGAUAAUUUUGACAAUGCUGUGCAAUACAUUGGUGAUGAAAUGGCAUGAAUGUCAUAUUUCAGUGCUGAAACCAAACUAAUCAGAAAUGCUCUCAUGCAUACAAAAUAACACAAACCUAAGUCUGUGUUUUUUUUGUUUUUUUUUUUAGGUUCUACUUACAUUAUAGAGGAGUAAGCUAGAUGAGAUAAAGAGGCUGUUGUUUUUUAUGUGCCAUAACUUGAUAGAGCUUAUUGGAUGCCAAGACACUGGCCCCACCUGAGCUGAGGCCACAUGUGACAUAUGACUUACUUUAUUUUCUUACUUAAUGUUGUUGGUAAUGAUAGAAAUGAUCUGUGAACAGUUUUUGAGUUUUAGCUCUUAAUAAUAUAUCAACAAAGCUCUUGUGCUGUAGGUUCCUUUGCACAGUCUGCCACAAUAGACAAACAUUAUUUUCAUACAGAGAAGUUAAACUAGGAAGGGGUUUGGUUGGUCAUGAGGUGAAACGGAUGUGUCUCAGAAGCUGACAAUCAAACACAACAUGGACACUAAGUGAUGAAUGUGAUUAUUUUUAAUUUUUACAUGAAUUAUUGUGAUGCUGCUCCUCAGACAAAGUCUAAAUGAGGAAUAAUAAGGGCUCCUAUAUGAAAUAUCAAUCUUUAUGUCCCUGUAUUUGUGCACAAAAGCCUGUUUUGUAUUGCAGGCACAACUUUUUGUUUUUCAUUUUAAUAUUGUGCUUUUUUCUUUCUUUUUUUUUGUGGCCAGAUUUAAUGUUAGCCCAGACACAUUCCAUGCUGUGAGUCCUCUGAAAAGCUGUUGAGUGAUUUUCAAGUUAAAUGUUGGUUGAAAGGGCCCCUUCCUGUCUGAAUUUAGCAAUAAUGUUUUGAAAGUCAAAAGCAAAAAAUAAAAAAAAAUAAAAAAUGAAAAAACACAAUAGGAGUCCUACCAAUAAGACUUUGGGAAUUGCUGUUCAUUUCCAAUGUUAAGAUCAGUGUGUUAACGUUUAUUUUUCAAAGGUAAACAAAAAACUGCAUUUGAGUCAAUCCAUCUUCCAGUGUUAGGUUAAGUAUCAACAUUCCCAGGUUUGUGUUACAGUGUUCAACCUGCCUUUUACCUCCUCCUGCCUCUGACGGACAUUUCUGCGUUGCCUAAGAUGUGGAAGACAGAUACCAUCAUCUGUGAUCAGAACAGCUUGUUCAGCUUUGUAGCACUUUCUUUGUAGAGUCCCUAAAGCUGUUGAUUGCUUACUGAUGUUUAGCGAUCAACCUCUCACUCCUGUCACAUGAAAAUCUUCUAAAUCACACCGAAACCUUUUUUUCAGUGUCUUAACUUGAAUUGAAAGUUUAAGCAGAGAUAGAGGAGAGUAUGUUUUAUGGCUGCAGGCUUUAUAAAAUCUACUCACUACUCUCACUUUUGCACUUCUUAAAGGCAUGGAAAUUAGUUUUUCUUUAGUUUUUUGUUGGGGAAACGUUGUAAAUACGCAAGACUUUCACCUGACAGCAGUGUCCCUACUUUCCAAAUAAAGUGUGAAUAGUGUAGCUGUUCUGCUCAGAAGGGGGAAAGAAGCUUAAUGUUUAAUGCAAAAUUUAAAUACAUGAAACUUGAUCAGCCACCGCAGACACACGUCAUAAUAUUUUAGCUGCUCGACUGGGAUUUUGAUAAAAGAUUGUGGAAAAACGAGCAGUUUUACAGCAAAGGCUUUGGUUCUUUCUAGGUGGGCUCUACUUAACUUAGAUUUAGUUACGCAACAACUGAUUCCUAAGGGAAGUAUAUUUCAUAGAUACCCACACAAGACCUGGAUCUGGGAUGUAACUGCACCCCUAAACUGUUAUUGAGGAGUACAAUGUCAUUAAGUUUAAAGGGGCAAGUUAAGGGUCACGUUUGGUGCUAUGAAAUGCAAUACUUCCCCAUCUGUAUCAAGUGCAUUACACAUAUACUGUAUUUUGUAAUACAGAGAAUUUUACAGUGUAUAAAUACUGCUAUUUAUCGCUGUACAAUGCUUGUUCAGUGUUAUUUAUGAGAGAGAAAAUAAAA